AUGGCAACUAGUAACAGUACAAUAACAAUUGAUGACGGUGAUGAUAAUUCAGCUAAUACUUCUUCAAAUAAAAAAAGAAAAUUUGAAGUAAGUAAAGGUAGACCAAAGGAUAGCUUUGUUUGGAGUUAUAUCGAGGAUCAUGGUGAUUAUAGAAUCUGUAAGAUAAAGGUGAAUGUAUCUUCUGAAAAUCCAGAUGGGUUAUGCAAUAAAAAAAUAAAAAAUAAUAAUUCAACUAAAUUAAAAAAACAAACAGAUAUUCAAGAUGUGCAACCUUUUUAUAUACUUAAAAGUAAUAGUUUUCAAAGCUUUGUUCAAUCAUUAAAUCCUAGCUACAAUCUACCUACUCAAGAAAAAAUUGAUGAGAUGUUAGAGUAUAAUUAUCAAAAUAUUCAAAAUUUAUUAAUUGAAAUAAUGGAGAGAGAAUCCAAAUAUAUAUCACUGACAAGUGAUUUUUGGACUUCUU